UUCUCUCGCGCAUUCUCCACGGGCAAUGGCGCCGCGGCAUCGAUCGGACUGGUGGGCGAUGCAGCAGCGAAUUUGGGUCGCUCUGGCGUAAGCUAAAAUCACCUUAGCUAGCGAGGGAUCGAUAGAAUUCAGGAAAUGGAGCAUUGUGUUCUUACGUGCUCCUCGAGCUUCCAUGCCAUUGAAGCGCAGCCCAGGCUUUGCGGGAGAGCUAGGACCCAGAAGCGAAGUGUAACUCGCCAAUUCUUCCUUCUCCCUCCGGCUAGAUGCCUCCCCGCGGAUCAAGAGAGCUUUGGAUUCUUUGACGAGGAGAGAUUUCCACAGCUCAGCCCCAAGCCAAAGCCGAUUCCAGUUCCAGAAGGCAAGCACCAGCAGCAGCAGGAGGAGGUGGAUCAAAGCAGGAUCUUGAGCUUCCUGGAGAACUUUCCCGACAAGCCCGAUACUCGGCCAGGCUCCUCAGAUCAAGUGCCCGAUCCUUCCAGUGACAACUUUCGAGAUGAGAUGCGUAGGAGGCUCCUCUACAGCGAGCCACCUCCCCUGCCAGAUCCAGACGAAGACAGGAGCGAAGAGGACAUUGAGUUUGACAUGUUUGAGCAUUUGGUGCUCACGAUUCGACACAUCCUACACUUGAGAUACAACAUUGGUGAGAGGCUAGGAAAUGAAGACGAGCUCAUCUUGCUAGAGGAAGCGAUACCAUACCAUCCGGAGCGUGAAAUCAAGGUUGGAUGUGGUAUUUCUUACAUCAAGGUUUGCAAGCAUAUGCUCUAUUUUUCUCCCCAAGUUUUUGCAUUCUCUUUCGUUUCAUACCAGGUGGAUGUUCAUCCCGAGUUUGGCAGCCGGUGUUUCUUCAUAGUUCGACAAGAUCAAAGUGAGAUUGAUUUCUCGUAUCGAAAGUGCAUGAUGGGGCAUGCACAAGCCAAAGAGGAUAUCUCCGUCGAACGAGCUAGAGAUCUUGUCUAUUUCUUCAAGAAUUCACGUGGACAACAAGGUAGGCCUCACUACUAUUCACUCACUUGAGAACAUUGUAAAAUUUUUUAAGCAUAGAUAAAGAAAACUGUUUACGUAUA